CUUGGUUACUUGGUUAUCGGCUCAUCGAGUCCACACGAUAGGAGACAUUUGUUUUCGAAAAACAUUUUGGAUUUUUUAUUAGAUCAAAUCAAAUAUUGUUAGUAUUUAUUUGCGUACAUACAAAAGCCAAGUCAAAUAUAUUUCGUCAUUGAGUCAUUCUAUUAUAUGUCUCAAAAUUUUGUCUAAUUCGAUCGAUCGAUCGAUCUUCCCCAAUCCCCUUCUCAAACCCCUUGAUUCGAUCCAUUGAUACAUUUUCUUUCACGCCGUGGUUGUGCAAUCAGGAAUGGAUUUAAGAUUCCAACAGGUCCUGUUAUUUUUGCUGUUUCUUGUGAUUCUGAAGGGUUGUGCCACAGCAGAGGCAGAAACAGAAAGCUUACCAAGGUCAAGAGCUCCUCCACUGACUAAUACAGUGGGUAGUGUUAUAGAUGGCACAGGAACUGACGAUGCCCUUAGAUUUGAUAGUACUGCAAAUGGGUUGGGUGAAAGGAAGGUUGGAAGUAGUAAAGUCUCGGUGAUCACAGUUGCAUUGUUCACGCUCGCAAUGGCUGCCGCUACUGGUUUAGGUGCAGUACCGUUCUUCUUUGUGGAACUUGAUCCCCACUGGGCUGGAAUUAAUAUGAGUAACGCAGUGAUACUUGGCCAAGAUUCUUUUCCAACUAUCUCACUCUCACAAGAGCAUGGUAGUGGCAAUUGGGUUGUGGCUGGAAUUUUGACGGGCGGAAUUUUCAUUUGGGUUUGUAAGAAGAUUCUGGAGAAAUAUGGUGAAGUAAGUAUGUUGGAUAUAAAAGGAGCAGAUGCAGCUAAAGUCAUUCUUGUAAUUGGAAUAAUGACUCUUCAUUCCUUUGGGGAGGGUUCUGGUGUUGGAGUGUCCUUUGCUGGCUCAAAAGGUUUAUCUCAGGGCCUUUUGGUAACUUUGGCUAUUGCUGUGCAUAACAUACCAGAGGGCUUAGCUGUGAGUAUGGUGCUUGCAUCGAGAGGGGUUUCUCCACAGAAUGCAAUGUUGUGGAGUGUAAUUACAUCGUUGCCCCAGCCUAUUGUAGCAGUUCCUUCAUUUAUAUGCGCAGAUGCAUUUAACAAGCUCUUGCCAUUCUGUACGGGCUUUGCAGCUGGGUGUAUGAUUUGGAUGGUCAUUGCAGAGGUUCUUCCUGAUGGAUUCAAGGAAGCCUCUCCAUCUCAUGUUGCAUCAGCAGCUACGCUUUCAGUUGCAUUUAUGGAAGCUCUUAGUGCUCUCUUCCUAAAUUUCAGCCAUAGCUACAAUCCAGAGGAUGCUUCCGGCUUCUUCGUGUCACUACUUUUCGGUCUCGGACCAUUACUCGGUGGCAUGGUUCUUGUUGCAUUUGCUCUUGGUUUCCGUCUUCAACAUGCCCUUCUUACUGGUGUAGCCUGUGGCAUUGCCUUUGUUCUCGGUGCCUGGCGACCACUACAGCUGCUUCUCUCUUCGAAGAUGAGCUUUUUUCCUCUCAUGUGUCUGCUUGCAUUGGGAUCUUCAUUUGCCCAUAUUUCAACCACAAGUGCUUUGAAGCUCGCUAGUCGGAAAAGAAACUCAGCCGAUACCUUAUCUGCAAUAACAGGCUUUUCCUUGAGCGCUCUUACACUUCAGUCCUUUUUGUCAUGCGUAGCGAUCGGUCUUCAUGCUCUAGCUGAGGGGCUUGCAUUAGGAGUGGCCGCACCCAAAGCCUAUGGGCUCGGUAGACACAUGGUCCUUCCGGUCUCUCUCCACGGACUUCCUCGCGGUGCCGCUGUAGCUAGCUGCAUUUUCGGAGCAACUGACAGCUGGUACGGAUCCCUUGCAGCUGCUGCACUGAUUGGGUUUGUGGGCCCAUUAUCUGCAAUUGGAGCAAUACUAGCCGGAAUUGAUUACAGUGGCCUGGACCACUUGAUGAUGUUUGCAUGCGGAGGAUUACUCCCUUGUUUUGGCAGCAUCGUUAGGAGAGCAGUGAGGUUAGAUGCACGGAAGGGAGGUUUCGGCCUAGUAAUGGGCGUGGGCUUUGCAACUGUGUGCCUAACGUGCACGAAGUUGGUUUGCUUGCACACGCCUUACUGCAACUCUGCGCCCGAGGCUGUCAGAUGAUUACAUUGGCGGUAAUACAUACCUAGAAUUUCUCAGAAACAUAAAUGUGUGGUCCAGAUUCAUUUUAUGCAUGAACUCUCCAAAACAUCAAUUAAAUCUCAACCACAUUUUCAAUUCUCAAAUUUCUUGGUAAAUUUUCUAGGUGAGUAGUUUUAUUGUUACGUCGGAGCUCACUCUUGACCUAGUCAUUAAACAGAUGUAUACGGCUCUGGUUCUCUUCUGUGGAUGAUGAAAGUCGCGCAAAAGCUCAGAGAAGAAAAUUUUUGGUGGGAAGCAGGAAAGGAAAAGAUUUAUGCUGGAGAAUUUAUUGUACUAUU